AUGUUGGGGGGGAUCAGGACCAUGCAGGAGCCAGGGGCCUGAAGGUGACCCGUCAGAGCUCUGUUGACAUCUAUCACGCAGGUGGCUGGCCUGGGAAACUAUGGGCUGCGGGGCACACGGCACAGUGUGGGCAUGGAGGUGCUGGAUCGGCUGGCACGGCAGCUGGCAGUGGCUGAGGGCUGGCGAGUGGACAAGCAGUGCUGUGCUGAUGUGACCCUGGCCAGAGCCCAUGGCCUGGAGCUGGUGCUGCUCAAGCCACGGAGGUUCAUGAACCUCAAUGGACUCAGUGUCGCCAGUGCUGCUGAGAUCUACAGCCUUGGCCCAAAAGACAUUUAUCUGGUUCACGAUGACCUGGACAAGGCCCUGGGCAAGGUGGCAAUCAAGCUGGGAGGCAGUGCAAGGGGACACAACGGGGUCCAAUCCUGCAUCAGUGCUUUGCACUCCAACGAGAUGACCCGACUCAGGAUCGGCAUUGGGCGGCCAGAGGGUGAUGUAACAGUUCCCAACUAUGUCCUGUCUCCAUUCAGUGCUGGGGAGCAGGAGAAGCUGGAGCAGAUCCUGGCCCAGGCAGUGACCUGCCUGCUGGAGCACAUCCAGAGCAGAGCACCUACAGAGCCAGGGGACAGGGGCUGACACAAACCCCUGGGGACCCUUGUGGCCGAUGGAAAGGUGCUGCAGGCUCUACAGAGUGACCAUGGAGCAGAGCAGAGCUGGCCCAGCUGGGCAGCCUGGCUGGGUGCUGGGGCAGCCUCCUUCCAUCCCCACACCAAUCCAGGCAGCUCGUAUCCCACUCGCAUCCCUGCAGAGGCUCCAUACCUCAC